AUGUUGCGCCGCUUCCGAUUCGGUCGACUUGGAUCGCUCCCCAUCCAGCCACACGCCGCCCUCUCGCGCCUCUUUCAGCUACGAAAUGCUCCGCUCACAUCCCUGCGCGCCCUUCCGCGGGAACCCCCGCGCGCAUGUCCCUCUGAUGCGCCUCCGCGCCACUUCACGGUGGUGGCGGGGCGGCGGAACCACGGGGGAGGCGCGAUGAAGCAGCGCCCCAAGGAUUGGCGCCCGCAGUCCACCCCUUUCCACGCGCGCAACCGCAGCCCCCGGCGGAACGACCGCACCGUUCCGCUGGGCCCACGGGGCGGAAACGGGGGCGAUGGCGGAGACGGUUCCGCGGAGAGCGCAGGGCGGAUGCAGCGCGAUGUGGCGGAUCUGGGCGCGGAUUGGCGGCUGGGGCCGGGGGAAGCAGUGGGAAGAGUUAUGUCCGCUCAGGCUAACUUCGUACGCGUGAUUGUAACGAGAUACGGUGUGGAAGGCGAGAGAGAGGGCAUCGAGGCGGGGGAGGAGAGACGCCACGAGGCGCAGCGGAGCAGCAAGUGGGGGAGCAGAGGUGGGCAACGGGAGACUCCAAGAGGCACAGCGGAGCAGCAAGUGGGGGAGCAGAGGCAGCAGGCGGAGGGCGCGGAGGGGAGAGAGGGGAAAGAGGGUAUGGAGAGAAGGGAGGGAAGGGAGGAGGAGAGGGAGGGGGUUGAGUUGCUGUGUGUGGUGCGAGCACUACUUAAGAAACUCAGGAGGAGGGUUCUAGUGGGGGACGUUGUAAGGCUAGGUGGGAUUGAUUGGGCUGCCCGCCAGGCUGUCGUUCAAGACGUUGCCCUGCCCCGGGCAUCUGAAAUUUUGGACCCGCCCGUGGCGAACGCAGACCACCUGCUGCUGCUCUUCUCGCUUGCCCAGCCGCCGCCCGAGCCGUCGAACGUGAGCCGGUUUCUGGUGGCUGCGGAGGCGACAGGUGUCGCCGUGUCAUUGGUGUUCAACAAGGCGGAUCUUGUGGAUGAGCAGUGCAGGAGAGCUGCAGCGGGCGGCAGCGUGGGUUUACUAGAUGCUGUGCGGGAGUGGCAGAAGCGGGCAGCAGAGUGGGGUUACCUGAUGCUCACAUGCAGUGUGGAGCGGCGAAUCGGAAUCCGCCACCUGGCGGGUCCGGGAGGCCUCCUGGCGGGUCGCACUACGGUGAUUGCGGGGCCGAGUGGAGUUGGCAAAUCCAGCCUUAUAAACGCUGUUUUGGGAGAGGCGUAUAACAGGGAUGCUUAUAAAGGGGAGGUUUGUGAUGCAGAUGGUUUGAAGGAGGGAGGGGAGGGAGAAGGUGGAGAGGCUAAAUUUGAGGAGUUGAGGGUUGGGGAGAUUCGUUCCCGCCUAGCUGCCUCCCCCACCCCCUGCGCAUUCGCCGACUGCCGCCACAUUAGCGAGCCCGGGUGUGCGGUGGAUAGCGGUUGGGAGCGGUACCGGCACUACGUGAUGCUGAUGGACGAGAUCAGAGCGCGGGAAGCAGCUGAAAUCCGGGCCGUUGGUACCAAGAGGGAGGGUGAUGUUGCUUCGUCCCCCCAGGUGUCUGUGUCGUGUCAGGUUCCUACGUCUGCUCCAGUCGCUGCGUCGUGCUCCUGCCGGUCGCUUGCCCACCCCACCGUUCUGUGGCACCACCGGAUGGGGCACCCGUCCCUUCCUCGUCUGCGCGCUAUGUCUAGUCAGCGUCUUGUCCUAGGCCUCCCACGUGUCUUGCCGUCGCUGCCGCCUUCGCUUGCGCCGCCGUGUGGUCCCUGCGUCGAGGGUCGGCUGCGCGCCGCCCCUCACUCCUCCUCCCUUCGUCCGGCCACCGAGCCUUUUGAGACGCUUCACUUGGACGUCUGGGGCCCCGCCCCUCGUCUAGGCCCUGAGCGUGAGCGCUACUUUCUGGUGGUCGUUGACGACUUCUCCCGCUACACCACAGUGUUCCCUCUGGCGAAGAAGUCUGAGGUGACUUCUACGCUGAUCAGGUGGUUGCUCACCACCGAGGACACUCGUGGUCGUCGUGUCAGCUGCCUCCACUCCGACCGUGGGGGUGAGUUUCGCUCCGGCAUUCUCGCUGGAUUCUGUCGCGAGCAGGGCAUUCGUCAGUCCUGGACGCUUCCAGAGUCCCCACAGCAGAAUGGGGUUGCUGAGCGCCGCAUAGGCCUGGUCAUGGAGAUCGCCCGCACCUCCCUGACUCACGCCUGUGCCCCCCAUUUUCUGUGGCCCUACGCGGUCAGGUACGCCGCGCACCAGCUGAACCUCUGGCCACGUGUCUCUCGACCAGAGGUUUCACCGACCAGUCUUUGGACAGGGUCCCCUGGUGUUGCGUCGCGGUUUCGUGUCUGGGGGUGCUUGGCUCUUGUCCGCGACACCUCCGCGGACAAGCUCUCGCCUCGUGCCGUCCCCUGUGUCUUCCUUGGUUUCCCUGAGGACUCCUCUGACUUCACCUUUUACCACCCUCCCUCUCACCGGUUCUUUGACUCCCGUGACGUCCGUUUCGAGGAGUCCACUCCGUACUACGUCACGUACCCCAGUCGAGGCUACUCCUCCUCCUUCGGUAGCCUCUCCGGUACAGCCUCCCUCCCCACAGUCCUCCUCGCAGCGUGCCGCAGGUGCUAG